AUGGCGACGCUCAAGUUUGCGCCCUGGCUGAGUGACGUCGACGUGCAAUUCUACGCCGCCCUCGCGCAUAUCAAGAUUAACCAUGAUAAGCUCGACGACUCGGCGCGCAAGGUCCUCGGCUUAUACGAGGUGCGCCCUAGCGAGCACUCGUCGCGCUCCAUGCGCGUCCAGAUACAUCCAAACGCCCUCACAUCGGACGAUCAGAUAUGGGAUGCGAUUCACGACGGCUCCAUAUACGAAUGCCCCUCGCUCCUCUCGUCGUUUACCGCCAUCAUCUUUGCCAACCUCAAAAAGUACAAGUUCACAUACCACUUUGGCUUUCCUGCCAUACAGUCAGACCCACCAUGGAAACAAGUGGGAGAGGCGACAAGGCUACAGGCUAGGGAGACUACGUAUCUCGUAGACGCGGUGCAGACGUGGCGAUACAGCUCCGAUGUGCGCCAAAGAGGCUUCUUUCUGGCAAAGCGCAUACGAGGCGGCGGCGACGCGGAGGAGCGACCAAAGACGCCAGUAUCGCCGCUGGAAGAGUUUGGCUACACGUGGACUAUUGGAAGGCUGGAGGCAUAUGAGAAGGGCUUCUUCGAAAAGGUCGAUAGUCAGGAUCGCUUUAUUUGCUUCGCGGACCCCUCCACGUACGAGACGAACCCGGGGUGGCCGCUUCGCAACCUGCUCAUACUCAUGCGACAUCGAUGGCAUCUGAACGAUGCUCAGAUCAUGUGCUAUCGCGAUACGCAUACGCGACGCGACCAGCCGAACUCCUUGAUCCUGCAACUCCACUCCGAUCCUGCGCCCGAAUCCGCGCCCAUGUCGCCUGUGUCGGAACGGUCAGACCGGUCACAGGCGCCGAAGCUACCAAAGGUGACGGGCUGGGAGAGGACAGAGGCGGGAAAGCUCACGUCUCGCAACGUUGACCUGUCAGAGUACAUGGACGAGAGAAAACUGGCGGAUCAGGCUGUGGACCUGAAUCUUAAGCUGAUCAAGUGGCGCAUUGCUCCUACCAUUGACCUGGAUGUUAUCAAAAACUGUAAAUGCUUGCUGCUUGGAGCGGGUACCCUGGGCACAUAUGUCUCGCGAACGCUCAUGGGAUGGGGCGUGAGGAAAAUCACCUUCAUCGACAACGCGACUGUCAGUUUCUCAAACCCAGUGCGACAACCGCUAUUCAACUUCAAAGACUGCAUACAGGGUGGAGCGAAGAAGGCGGAACGCGCAGCCGAAGCACUCGAGGAGAUCUACCCAGGUGUAGAUGCAACUGGCCAUGUCAUGGAAGUCCCCAUGCUAGGCCACCCAAUGACGGACCCAGCAAAGACGAAGCUCGAGUUUGAAAAACUCCAGCAGCUCAUUAGUGAGCACGACGCCAUCUUCCUCCUCAUGGACACGCGAGAGAGCAGAUGGCUACCAACUGUCAUGGGCAAAGCUCACGGCAAAAUCGUCCUCAACGCCGCCCUGGGCUUUGACACGUACGUUGUCAUGCGGCAUGGUCUGAAAGCCACACAAGAAGGUGAAGCAGAGCUAGGAUGUUACUUUUGCAACGACGUCGUUGCGCCCGCAGACUCCCUAAGUAACGCGACUCUCGACCAACAAUGCACCGUCACCCGCCCUGGCGUGGCACCCCUCGCCUCCAGCCUCUUAGUCGAACUUCUAAUCUCUAUACUUCAACAUCCACACAAAGCCCGCGCUGCACCCCCUUCCCAAACCACCAAACCAACCUCAUCCCACCCCGCCCUCCCCCCUCCUUUCCAACACCCUCUAGGCAUCAUCCCUCACACUAUCCGCGGCUACCUCUCCACCUUCUCCAAUCUGCAGGUCGAAGGCAAACCAUACGACUGCUGCUCUGCGUGCAGUGAACGUGUGCUAGAGGCGUAUGAAAAGGAUCCUUGGGCGUUUGUGCAAAGAGCGCUUGACGAGAGGGGGUGGGUGGAGGAGAUGAGUGGAUUGAAGGAGGUGCAGAGACGGGCGGAUGAAGCGGAGGGAGAUUUGGAUUGGGAUGAGGAGGGCGAAGGAGAGGGCGGGGGGUUGGAGGAGGAGGGCGAGUUAUUGUGA